UUGUUUUGGUUUAUGUAGACUGCGCUUUGUCACGGGGAGCCAAGGUCCACCGUAGUACUUUCAACUGACCGGUACACAUUUGUGACUUAUUGCAUAACCCCGGAACAGCCCGUCCUCCGAGUUCUGUGUUUCACCACCCCCUUUCAGGGCCGUCUCUUGCCUUGUAGCUCCGUUAUCGGACUCAGAAGCUGGCCUGCUUGUUAGCAAACAAGCUAACGAUUGCCAGAUUUCACCCAUGUCAUCUGAAGAAGGGUUGAGCUCAACGAUCACGGACUGGCUUUUCAUCAACUCCUGGUGGCUCCUUCUGCCAUUCAUCAUGCUUCUUGUAGUUGCUGCCUUCAUUGUUGCCUUUGUUUUGCUGUUGUACAUGAUAUCGCCUCUUAUUAGCCCCAAACCUCUGAAACUGAACGGGGCCCACGUCGUGGUGACCGGAGGUUCAAGUGGGAUUGGGAAAUGCAUUGCAAUUGAGUGCUACAGGCAAGGAGCAUUCAUCACUUUGGUGGCACGGGAUGAGAUUAAGUUGCUUCAAGCAAAGAAAGAGGUGGAGAAAUGUGCCAUCAAUGACAAGCAGGUGGUGCUCUGCAUAUCAGUGGAUGUUUCCAGUGAUUAUAGCCAGGUGGAAAGUGUGAUAAAACAGGCUCAGGAGAAGCUGGGGCCUGUUGAUAUGUUAGUGAACUGUGCUGGAUCAUCCAUUUCUGGAAAGUUUGAGGAUAUGGAAGUGGAUCGUUUUAAAAAACUGAUGGAAGUGAACUACCUGGGCAGCGUCUACCCGACACGGGCCGUCAUAACCACAAUGAAGGAGCGAAGAAUGGGCCGCAUCAUGUUUGUGUCCUCCCAAGCAGGGCAGAUCGGCCUGUUUGGAUACACUGCCUACUCCCCAUCCAAGUUUGCCCUGCGUGGCUUAGCAGAGUCGCUGCAGAUGGAGAUAAAGCCAUACAAUAUCUAUGUGACGGUGGCCUACCCCCCUGACACUGACACUCCAGGACUGGCUGAGGAAAAUAAGACAAAGCCUCUAGAGACCAAAUUAAUCUCUGAAACCUCUGGAGUUUGCCAACCAGACCAAGUGGCCAAAAUCAUUGUUCGGGAUGCAGUUCAGGGGAAUUUCAACAGCUCUGUGGGACCCGAUGGUUACAUGCUGUCAGCCCUCACCUGUGGAAUGUCACCUGUCACCUCCAUCACUGAAGGUCUCCAGCAGAUUGUUACCAUGGGAUUAUUUCGGACCAUCGCCCUCUUCUACCUGGGCAGUUUUGACAGCAUUGUGCGCCGCUGCAUGAUUCAGAGGGAGCAGUCGAAAGCAGCUGACAAGAGGGAGUAACAGCAGCCUUCCCUUGAUCACAGCCCAGUGCCCUUCCUCCACCUUCUGGUUUUUAAAGUAUGUAGGCUUUGUAAACCACUGAUAUUACAAAUAUCAGGCCUCCUUGCCUCCACUCGCACAGUGCUGUUCUUUUUUUCUCAAAGAAAGAAAAGGCAACAGAUAGCCUGUCUGACCGGUUGUGCCAAAUAUGGCUUGAAGUUCCUUCCCACCAGGGGCUAUAGUGAAAACCAGAAUGGUAACUCUCACUUGUCAUAUUCUUUCAUGUAUGUUAAAACUAGGUCCACCUUUUAAGAAUUUUAGGUUUCAUGUAAUAAGGCCCCUCCUCUCUACCUUUUCAUAACACAAGCCUUUGCAGGCAAAGCACCUUCCUGUUUGACUGAAUAACCUCUGUGUUUGAAACAGGUUGUGACCCUCAGCGUUGUUUAUGCUGUGGAAUGUUUUGUUUUUGUGCUCUGUGUGUGAACCAAGCCGAGAUGUGAUAAACCGCUUUUCAGUGAUAUCAGAGAGUGAGCAAGCGAGAGAAAGAGAGUAUGUGUGAUGUUUUUGAUUUUUCAGUUUUACUAAUGCAAAAAAUUCCAAGAAAAUAUUAAUAUUCAGACAUUUCAGAUGCUGCGUUGGGGCAAAGAUUUAUGGGUCAACUAUGUGUAUGGAUGUACAUGUGUUUGCUGUGACUGAGCCAACCCCUGGCCUGGGAAGAGAAAAGCCAUUAGAUUUUAUUGUCUCGGGAAUAAACACACAUCAUCCCAUCUUAUUUCAUUGGGGGGGGAAGCAGGUACUAAUUCUAUCGGUCAAAGCCAUUAAGUCAAAAGAUGGGGGAGUGCAGCACAGGUAAUGUCCCUUUUCACCUGUGAAUUCAUUAAGUUCAUUAAUUUUUUUUGUUAAUUAAAUGUGGGAAAGGAAGCGUAUCAUUUUUACAUGCAGUUCUAUGUGUCGGUGCACAUAUUCAGCCACCCCAGUCAAGGUCCAAGUGCAGUCCAUAAUCUGUAGGGGUUGGUGCAAGUCAGGGCAGGGCGAGACUUGCUGGUUCGAGUUAUACCCCUGCAGGUCUAGUGAGGGCGCUAGAGAUUUGUUUUACACGGGCCAAAAUAGAGGGACUAGCGUGGAAGUGUGAUCCUAGUCCCUCUGAUUUUGAUCUGCUAUCAUGCACAGUUGGGACUUUGUCGCUCCCUGAAGGAGACAAUAUCGAUUCCCUCCUGAUUUCCACCAUGCCUUGAAAAUCUCGUAUUCGCCAUAUGUUUUUCUGUAUGUUUUGCAUAUAGAGGGAGGGAAAAGUACAGUGACUCUUGCAAGUCUUCCUUUAGUCUAUCACAAAUGGGGAGAAUGUACUUUUAUUACAAAGCGUACAAAUCAGAACAUAGGAGCAUUGUUUUUUUUUUUUUUAAAUACACCAAUAUUUGAAUGCCAAAAUUUAUUGUAGUAAUUUUUUUUUGUAGAUGCAUUGCAUUUAUUUGAGAUUGAUUUCGAUGUUGCAACUCUGUUGAUCUUAGAGUUAGGUUGUUGACGCUGUGGGGACCCAUUCGAAGCCUUAAGACGUGACUACCGAUGAAGCUGAUGCUAAUAGGAAUGGACCUGUCCACAAAACAAUGUGGCUUAACCCACACGUUGUUUACCAGUUCAUUUAAUACUUAAUCUUUAAAACUUUCCAGUGUGAAUGCCAGGUGUUUCAGUGUAUUUUGUCAGUUUCUAGUCUUUGUAUGACAAAAAAUAAGUCUUACUGAAAUCCAAGAUAUGAAAGUGAGAAUGGAUGACACGUGUUUGAUGAUGUUCUCAUUCGAUAUUGGUUAAACGCAUACUGUUCUGCACACGAGCUUUUCAUAAUUGUACAUUUAUUUUAUUGGCAAGUUCUCUUUUACCUUAAGGUAGCAACACAUAGUUGAUAGAAUAUGUAGCCCAUAUAAAAGCAGUUUUGUUGUAACAUUUUGUUUUAACCGUUUAAGCUAUGCAAAUGAAGCCUAUGCUUACAGUAUGUUUGAACAUGAGGUCACGAUUUAAGUUCUGUAACACUAGUUUCCCCUCUUCAGUGGUGUCACCGUCAGAUACUUAAGAGUUUAUAAGCAUUGAAUAUGACAGUCAUGUUGCACUCUUUUCGUUUAAUUCUUCUUUCUUGCUUUCUUACUUUUUUUUUUCUGCCAAAAAACUUUUAACACCUUCACCUUGUGUGCCAUUGAAAGAAAAUGUGAGAAGUGGAACGUUUCUUUGUCUUAUUUUCUUACAUGAUAAACUAAAUAAAUGCCUGUGAAGAAAAACUAAAUA